UCACGUGGGCUCCUCCUUAAUGGAGUCGAUGGAGAUGGCUCUCCACGUCAGCUUACGUCUCCCAAUUUGUGCUUAGCGAACCUGCUUCAAAGAGGCGAGAGGCACGGCGCUUCAGAGCCAUGUUCGGGGUGGUUAUAGAAGAAUCUAAGCCCAGCACAGAGUUGUAGAAACGGUCGAGCUACGAUGAUGGAUUUUGACGAGCGGGUCCCCGUCGGAUCGAACAUGUACUUGCCCAGUUGCACUUAUUACGUGUCGGCGGGGGCCGAUUUCUCUGGUCUUCCCUCGUUUUUGUCCCAGACCCCUUCCACCCGCCCAAUGUCAUACUCCUAUUCCUCCAACCUGCCGCAGGUCCAGCCCGUCAGGGAGGUGACAUUCAGGGACUAUGCGGGCAUCGAGGCGCCCGGUAAGUGGCCGCACCGGGGGAACUUGCCCCAGUGCUACCCGAGCGCGGAAGACAUGGUGCACCGGGAGUGCCUCUCUGCGCAAACCGCGGUGGUUGGUGACGUGUUUGGUAAAAAUAGCCCCUACCACCACCACCACCAUCACCACCACCAUGGCAGCGGCGGCGGGGGAGCAGCUGGCUCCGCCGCGGUGGCGGCCGCCACUUUCUAUGGGAGCGUGGGCAGGAAUGGCGUGCUGCCGCAAGCUUUCGACCAGUUCUACGAAACGGCAUACGGGAACGCGUCGGAGAACCCAUCAUCGGUGAACACCGCCUUCUCAGGGGACAAAACGCCUGCGAGCAAGCAGCCAGAGCAGGCGCCGUCCUGCCGGGACUCCGAGGCGAAGGAGCAGCGAGAUGAGAGCAGCAGUCCAGAGCUUUCUUCCGGCAACAAUGAGGAGAAAUCCAGCAGCGGCAGCAGCAGCAGUGGACAGAGGACGCGCAAGAAAAGAUGUCCAUAUUCCAAAUAUCAAAUCAGAGAACUUGAACGAGAAUUUUUUUUCAGCGUUUACAUCAACAAAGAGAAGCGACUGCAGCUUUCGCGGAUGCUCAACCUCACUGAUCGACAAGUCAAGAUCUGGUUUCAGAACCGGCGGAUGAAGGAAAAGAAGCUGAACAGAGACAGGUUACAGUACUACACGUCCAAUCCUCUGCUUUAGUGGACCCAGAAACGAGGAGAAGCACAUUGCUUCGGUUCCCCCCCUCCCCUCCUGUGGGACUACAUGGGGUUUGUUCACAGACUCACUGACUUCUCCUCAGUGUACCUCGUGUGCUAUACCACAGUGGCCGGCGACGGCAGCAAUAACACUGCUAGAUUGUUAAUUUCAAGUUCGAGGACACCGAAUGUGCUAAUAUGAAGCAACGAUUCAUGGGCCACGAUUUUACGCAUCACACUGAUUUUGAUAAGAGAAAAAGAAAACGUAGAAACUGGUUUUCUUUGUGCGCUCCAGGUCUUUGUUUUUGCCAAAUGCCCAUGCAAUUACGCCCUGAUUGCUGUGAUUUAUCAGGGGCAAAAAAUAAAUAAAAAAGCAGUCAUUAAUGGACUGCUUGAGUGUAUUUUGUAAUCAAAAAUUAUAUUUUAUUUCAUUUUUUUUGUCUGUUGUUUAAAUAAGAAUUGUACUGGAUUUAAACGUCAGGCGAAUAUGUUGAUCUAUAUAGGGAGACUGGUGUAGUCUACAUUGGUGUGACCAAAUAAUGAGUCCGUAUACGGAUUGCAAUGGUGGUUAUCUGUUUAUAUGUUUGCUUAUUUAUUUUCUUUGGCCACUCGUUUACUAUAUCUUCUUUUUGUCACGGCUGUCCGAGUCCCGUCCACGGACAGGUUUGAUUUCCCAACUUAAUCCAGCCUUACUGAUGUCUGACGGCCGCGUUUGGAAGAAAAAAGGGGUUGACUAUUUAUAAAAUGCGAACCUUUUUGAGCGUAAAGCCAUGCCGUUGAACAUAUGCAGGCCUAAACCAGACUGAUAAGCUCUGUCCGCUUGGAUCCGUGCGGAGUUGCACUGAGGUGUUCACGCAGGUGUAGCUUAGAUCGUGUCUCUCCAAUCUUUGGACGUCUGUGCAUCCAUUUAAUGGGUAGUACUUGUUCAUAUAAAAAAACUAGAACACCCUCUUAAAAAUCUCACUAUUAAAACCCAUGGUGUCUAACAAAUUUCUCCAGAAAAAGGUGAUUAAAGGUCACAAAUGGUGGACCAAUUAGUGCCACUUUCCAACCACAUUUAGACAUCAAUCAAGUUCUUUAAACAUUUAUUUCAUAUUUUACUUUCGACUUUAAAUUUGCUCAGACGAAAAGUAAUAUUUUUCUUUCUAAUCCAUGAAAUUUCAUUGCAGCAUUCUGAGGCGACAUGUUAAGCCUUAAUAUUAAUGUGAAAUUUCAAAUAAAUGUUUUCAGUGUUAAACACUUUGCAAAUAUAAAAUUUAAAAUUCUAAUCUUUUUUUUUUAGCACAGAAAAAUAGAGUACACAAUGUGUCUUAUGUUUAGUGCACCAUUUGUGUCCAAAUUUGAUUUAUAAGACGUUGUGUAUCAAAACUGGUUAGGCAGUUUGAACAGUAUUCUUUCACUAUCAAAAGAAUCAGAAUUUCUUUUCCUCUUUGACUUUCUAACCACAUUUAGGUGUCGCUUAGGUGGGAUGAAGUGUGAUUUUUUCCUAGUUUUAGUCUUAGAAAAUGUUGCUGCAGGGGUCUAUAUGGUGCAGUAAAGUUAAAAAAAAAUCGUUGCCACUUUCAAAAAUAUGGCCUGUUAAGUUUUGAAAAAGAAAAGUCUUCAUACACUUUUACCAAAGAAAACUGUCUUUUUCAGACCAAUAGGAUGUUUUUAGGUCUUUAGAACCACCCAAAUUUAGCCUACAGAAAUACACUAAAUGUCAAAAAUGGUUAGAAACACUUUUCAACCGAAUCUAGAUAUCAAUAAGUCUAGUUCUCCUUAAAAUUCGCAAAAGGUUUGUUCUUAGCUGUAAACAAAUUGUUUCAUUUUGUCCAUGUAGUAAAUUAAAUUUUCUGAAGCGUCUUAACGUGAUUACCCCUUCAAGGCUUUACAAAAGAUUUUGUGUUAAUUUUUUUUUAAUGUUUGAAGCUUCUUUCCACUUUUCUCUAAAUAUUGCUUUUUAAGUUUCAGUUGGAAUUAACCUGAACAAUGUUGCCUACGUCAGAAAUGUGACACCUGGCUAAUCCAGUCCAUAUUUAGCCUGAAGACAUCUAAGUUUAGACUUGAUAAAAUUAUUUCAUCCAAUGAUCUUUCAUCUACAUGUAGACAAUGGUUCUGAUUUUUAAGUUGCACCCAUAUUUGACGUUGUUUUUCAAACAUGUUGAAACCUUCUCUUGGAUUUAGCAGGGAAAGGAUUUGAUCUGUUGUUGGAUUUCUCUUCAUGUAUUCACGCUGGUUCUUGUCAUUUUCAGAGUGUGCAUUAAUUGCAGCCUCAAUCAGGGUAAUCGCAUUGAACAGUUGCUUUGUUAUGGCCAAAUUAUUGUGUAUUAUACUAUAUUUCCAAAUAAAUAAAAAAAUAAAACCGAGUUCCACGA